UGAGAAAAAGACUUUAGAAAUGUAACUUUGACUAUACUGACAGAAUUCCUAGAUAGAAGUAAACUUGAUGUAUUUACUGACACAAUCAUUUUUAGGAAACGCUAACAGUUCACUUAUAUUUGAAUACAUUUUUCGUCAAUGUGUCGACUUGCAUGAGAAAGUUCAAUUUAAUGUUGAUUUAUUUUUUUCAAAAUUAUUCAAAUUAAAAGGAUAGUUCAUCCAUCAUGCAUUCACCAUCAGGUGGUUCCAAAUCUUUUUGAGUUUCUUUUGUUGAAAGAAUACUGAAUACUUGUAACCAUUGACUUCCAUAGUACGAGCAAUAAAUGCUAAAUUGUACUUUUACCUUUAGUUAAAAAGGAGUACAGAAUGAUGAUUAAGCAGUGUGAAAGCCAUCUUUUUAAACUGAAAAUGUAAAUAAUUUGGAUUAAAAUGGACUAACAUUUUUUUUUCUUUUCUAGCCUGGUCAUCCUGUAGCCCUUCCAUUAGAAGUCGGUCUAUUAGCCCUUGUUAAUAAGAGCCUCAGAGGUCCAAAGACCAUUCAGCUGCUGGACUGGCAGGAUCUGCCUGAUUAUUACACCAUUAUCUUGGAGUGUCCAUCACCACGGGUUUGCCGUGAAGCCAACUUGAGUCAACAGAGCAACGGAACAAUAUCAACAAUUGCAGGAAAGUCCAACAGCUCUGGGCUGUAUGAUACCGAUCAAAGUGCAACAUCAGUAUCCAGUUCCAGUACAGAUGAUGAGCCAGCGAGAAACAUGAGGAUGACAGCCAAUAUAGAUUUUGUACUUCUCUGGACCCAGAACAGAGAAGACAAACUGCUACAACCGAUUAGCGUUGAGAUGGUGUCCGCUCAGUCGGUAAAGCAGCCUGCUGUGCCAGUACAUCUAAGACCCGCUGGACCUGCUGGAAAUGGACAAAACAUUUUGAAUGGGUUUGAAUUAAUAAGAAUGGUUGUCCAUGGAACAUUUGGCACCGUCUAUGAAGGGAAACGCAGACGAGAUGGCCUUAAGGUGGCAGUAAAAUUCACCAGAAAACGCAGGAGCAUGCAGUACAUCAACAUUCCUGGACAUUUUGCACCCGUUCCAUUAGAGGUGGCCAGGUUACUCAUGACUAAAAAGGACCCAACAGUUCCACAGAAGUUUAAGCUGCUGGACUGGCAGGACAAGCCCGAUUACUACAUUAUGGUCCUGAAGCGUGCCUCAUCGUGGAAAGAUGCAAAAUCAACAACUGCACCGCAAGAAAAGAACCUGCUACAACCGAUUACUGUUGAGAUGGUGUCUGCCUUGUCAUCGAUGAAACAGUGUACUCUGCCAAUAUAUCAGGGCCCUGCUAGAAAUGGACAGAAAAGGUUGAGGGGGUUUGUAUUAAAGAGAAUGAUUGGCCAGGGAGGAUUUGGAAGAGUCUAUAAAGGGACCCGCAUACACGAUGGCAGAAAGGUGGCAGUAAAGUUCAUCAAGAAGUGGGCGACCAUGCAGUACAUCAAUAUUCCGAGACAUUUUGCACCUGUUCCAUUAGAGGUUGCCCUGAUGCUCAUGGUUAAUAAGAGCCCCAGGGUUCCAGAGAUCAUUCGGCUCCUGGACUGGGAGGACUAUCCUGACCACUACAUCUUGGUUUUGGAACUUUCCACACCCUGUGAAGAUCUGAGCGUCUAUGUUAAACGCUCUGGAGGAUUCCUCAAUGAAACCAAAGCACGGGUUAUCAUGGGGCAGACGAUACGGGCCGCUCAAGUGUGCUGUGCUCGCGGAGUCUUUCACCGUGACAUAAAGCUGGAGAACCUGCUGAUCAACCCACAAACACUCCGGGUCAAACUGAUUGACUUUGGGUGCGGGGACCUCCUGAAGGAUUCUGCGUAUCAUCACUACAGUGGGACGAGACAGUAUUCCCCUCCUGAGUUUAACAUGAUGAGACGGUACCAUGGGAAACCUGCCACUGUGUGGUCAUUGGGAAUCCUGUUAUAUGUACUGCUGUGUGGACGCCUUCCACGAUCCAGGAUUUUGCUGCGGAUGAAUUCAAGCUGUUGGUCCAGUUCUCGCUUGUCACAUGGUGAGUUGCCAUUCAUCACAACAAAAAUCAAUUAUAUUUCUGAAUCACUCACAAGUUUAAAGCUUACAGCUUCAUACAAGGACAACUGUAAGACGUCAAGUUUAAAAUUCCUCUUUCUCUCUUUUCUGCAGACUGUUGUGAUCUGAUGUGCUGCCUCCUGCAACAAGAUCCAUCUAAGCGGAUCAGUUUAGAAGACAUCCUGCAUCAUCCAUGGUUUAAGGUAUUUUGAAGAAAUAUUCAAAUUUCAUCUUUUUUUAUGUGUUUGUUUUAUAAGUACAUAAUUCACUCUAACAUCAGAAUAAAUCCAAGUGUAAUGUAGACAUUAGACCUAAUUUCUGUAUUUUCUUUUCAGGUCACCAAAUGUAGCAGCUUGCCAAAGAGGUAAAAUAUCACCACAGUUUCAUAGUUCCCUCUACACCCAAUUAUCUGGUGGGAUCGACAAGUUUUGGUUUGUCGUUAUUUUAAUUAUUCAUUUUAUUUAAGAUACAGAUCAAAGCAAACUAUUUCUCACUGUUUAAGGGGCUGACCAUUCAUUACAUCUCGUGUUGACUUUCUUCAGGGUGUAUCAAGCAUUAAAAUAAGGGAAUUAGUCCACACCUGCCAAGAUUUGUCUGAAGGGUGUAAGGGUGUCUGGAUGAGGGAAUUACAGGAGUUUUCCUGGAGAAAUUACAUGGCGGGUCUGAAAAAACGUGAGACUCGCUGGAAAAGGAGUGUUGGCAGGUAUGGGUCAGUCCCCUGUGUGAUUUGCACCCGACCCAUGGGGUAAACGAACAGAACCCAAAAUCAUGCAAACCAACUAAUUAUGAUUAUCUAUAUUUUAUAUGAUUAGUUAUGAGUUAAUGCAAAUGUCAGAAACAAGAGGCUGAUUAACAUGUAAAUUUGAAUACUUUGA